GCAUGCGGUACUCUUCAAAACGGUGGCACCGCAACCAUAAUUAAUGUGAUAUUAAAAUGUGUAUUAGUUUCGGUGACGUUAGUGACUGAUUGUGAUAAAAAUGUUUUUAAGAAUUGUUCUUUGUUAGUGAAAAGUGUGCGAUUUUUCCAAGAUGAUUACUCUAUAUAAAACCAUCAAGGGUACCGCCAAACACAAAAGGAAAAGGGAAAAUAAAGGAUUAACUUUAGCUUUGCCUUUACCUGAAACACCUGAAAUGGUUUCUCGUCGUCGCAUUCUUUCAAGAUCUCGAGAUGAUUUGCACAUGGAUUCCACUUUCCAACCCCCAGAAGACGAAGAAGAUGUUUGGUAUCAAAAAGACAAGCUUUAUAAGGAUCACAUUCAAGAAGUUCUCGAUAAAUGGACUCAGAUAGAUGAUGAAAUUUGGGCCAAAGUGAUUGUUUUAGAACGAAACCGAAGAGUCGCAAAGGCAUAUGCCCGAGCCCCGGUUUUGACAGUAAAUGGAUCCGAUGAUGGAUUUGAUGGUUUUCGGAUUGGUUUGUGUGGCUUUGACAACCCAAUGAGAGACCAAAAAACGGAGGAAUUCAAAAGACACAUAGGCCAUGGGGUUAAAAUAAAAAUGGACGAUGCGGGAAAUAUUCUAAUAAAACGGGUAUCAAAAUGUAACGUUUACAUAAAAAAUACGGGCCAAGACGACGAAAAUGCGAUAGGAAAUGAAAUUUUGAAAUUACCUAAUUGUGCUUUAGAGCCGGAAAAGCCUGUAAAGCUGUUCGAUAUGAAGAAAUUUCAGUCAAAUGUAAAUCGUGAAUUACGGCGUGCCUACCCUGAUCGUCGAAGAUUAGAAUGUCAGUGCUUGAGUGCAAUAGCUUUUGUAAAAUCGGAACCUGAGUUACUGGAAUGCCCUAUUUGGGUUCUCAUUAUAAACGUCGUCGCCAUGGACAUGCUAAAAUCGAAACUUCCUCCAGUACAACGGGUAAUGGACAUCAAGAACAGACCACGCAUUCCAAUUCCAGAUGAAGAUCCCUACAGCGUUGCAGGUAACGGUAGCGGAUCGUCGGGUAGUUCAGGUUUCGCGGGGGCGGGUAGUGUGGCAGCCACUAGAGAACAACUCCUUUUGCAGAGCCAACAACACGCACAGCGACGGAGCGAAAAACCACCUAAACUACCACCCCGCGAAAAUAUGUAUCCCCAUGACAUACCUAAGCCCGAUUAUGACGACCACGAGCACGACAACAGCCGUCUGAAGCCAUUCCCGUCUUCUCGAGGGAAGGAAAAAUCAAAAGACAAUAAAAAAUACGAUGACCCCUAUUAUUGUGGAUUAAGGGCACGUGUUCCGAAUUUUGUUGCAAAAUCUAAAGCGAAGGAAUCUGUCUCGUCGAAGAGAUUUUCAAUAAGUCAGCAAGCUCCACCUCCCCUUCCUGUGAUGCACCAACAGCAUAUUAGUUCGCAUCAUAAUAUGCACCAACAUUCAAUGUGGCAUACGAGGAGUUUUGAAAGUGGUAUCGACUCGGACGUAGUCGAAUCACCCUAUAACCAAAUUUACGGACGAUUACCUAUACCUACAAGGGCGUAUAUUCCAAAUCAGUCACGUACCAUGUAUAUUGGAGAAUGGGACUAAUAUUGUGUAUGUACAUAAAUGAAGUUUUGUAAAAACGUAAAAGGACAUUAUAUCCAAUUCGAAGACUUUGUAAAUCUCAUUAUUUAACAUCACUUGUCUGUUUGAUACUGCCACUACUGUUUAUAGACUUUACAGCAAAUUUAUACUAUGAGUGCUAUUUUAUACUUGUAAACGGCUUUGUAACAUAUUAUUUACAGAAUAUUUAAUUUAAUUUAGUAAAAAUUUUAGUGUUCUGUCAAAUACUCAGUAAAUAAAUGUACCUAUAGUAUUAUAACAACGGAUAUUAAAUCAGGAUGUGAUUAUAUACGUCAUAGUCAUGUUAUUAUAAUAUAUAGAUAGAUAUAUGCUAUGUUGAUAGGAUACAUUUUUGUAAAGUAAACUUAUAAAUUGUAUAUUGUAUGUUUUUGUAAUUACUGCAAUAAACGGUGAUGGAAGAAAUAUUUUUUUAA